AUGGCCGCCAGCUAUAUUAUUAACGUACCGAAGCUUAAGGGUCGAGAAAAUUAUGAUGAGUGGGCAUUUGCUGCAGAGAAUUUUCUCAUCCUAGAAGGAGUGGACAUCAACGUUAAACGAAUUGAGCAGGCCGUCCCUGUCGUUGAAGCGCAGAAGGCGAAAGCGAAGCUAAUUAUGACCAUCGAUUCAUCGCUUUAUGUUCAUAUCAAGGACGAAGGAACAGUUCAUGAUGUGUGGGAGCGUCUAAAGGCGCGGACA